AUGAUUAUCAGAGAGAAUGAGACUGCGGACACCACCCCAAUUGUGUCGGUCUCCCCCACAGUUCUUUGGACCUCAGCUCCCCCCUGUGUCCUGGACUGUGGGUGGGGUGUGGAUCCCUGCCCCCCGGAAAAAUGUGCAUGGGAUAUCCCAUUUAAUGAUUCAUCAUCAUUCGGAGGAAACACAAGUAAUUCCAGCAUGGAAAUACCCAAUGAUUACAACUGGGGUGUUUUGUUUCUAUCUCCACUUAUUGUGUUUGGAAUUGGAGGAAAUAUACUGGUGUGUAUGGCCAUUUCUAUGGAGAAACGUUUACAAAGUGUCACCAACUACUUUCUCCUGUCUCUGGCUGUCACUGAUUUACUCGUCUGUGUAAUUGUCAUGCCUUUCAGUAUAAUUAACCAAUUUACAGGUUACUGGCUGUUUGGACCAAUCAUCUGUGAUCUUUAUGUGACGGCCGAUGUUCUCAUGAGUACUUCAUCCAUACUUCAUCUGUGUACAAUUUCAUUGGAAAGGUAUAUGGCUAUACGAUAUCCAUUAGCAACACGAAACAAAUCAAAAACGGUGGUGAUCCUAAAAAUCAUUCUAGUGUGGGUCAUCGCCCUGGCUAUCUCUAGUCCAAUCACAAUUCUAGGAUUUAUAGAACAGUCCAAUGUGUUGAAUGACAAACAGUGUAUGUUGACCAAUCAGAACUUUAUCAUAUAUGGGUCCAUAUGCGCUUUCUUUAUCCCACUGACAAUAAUGGUAAUUUCCUACAGCUUCACACUAUAUCUCCUCAUUGGACAGUGUAACAAGUCAAAAUCAGGACAAGCAGAGGGUCAACCGAUGAUACGACGCUCACUUAGUCGUAAACCUAACAAACAACGUCCACGGGUAAAGUUCUCGGCAAGGCGGACACGAAGCUGUCCAGAAGAGGACCAAGAGUGCAGUCAAGAUACCACACCUAUCAUACAGCGCAAACCUCUCAUUAAGUCAAGCAUUUCAUUCCCUCUUCAUAGUCAUCAUCGUCAGCAUAAUCAAAAUUCCAGUGGCCACCCUGGGGUUAGUCGUCAGGGGGACGGGCGAGGGGAAGGACGAGGAGAUGGAAGAGUGGAAGGUCGGCGAAUGCUGAAUGUGAGAACAGAAGAAGUUCCAUCGUCUAAUAGUAAUAGUCCUAAUAACACCUUAUGGACAAGAGAGACAUCACCCAACCCAGGUUCUAAUGGUGGCAGUGCUUCCCCUCUGUGGACACGUGGUGCCCAGCCAACAGGUACCACCUCACUUCAAGGGCUUGUAAAAAAGCAUCAAUUAGUGAUCAAGGCAGCUAGCAUACUGCUGAUGAAAAAGGAAGCCAUACAGAAAGAAAACGAUGUACAUACAGAAGAGAAAGCCUCGAAGGUCAUUGGGGUUGUGUUUAUUCUGUUUGUGGUGUGCUGGGCACCUUUCUUCAUUGUUAACAUCCUAACUGUGCUGUGCAGAUCAUGUGAUUUUGACAACAACCUAAUAGCAGCAUUUGUUUGGCUCGGUUGGGUGUCAAGCACGCUCAAUCCCAUCAUAUACACCAUGUUCAACAACACCUUCAAAAUGACUUUCAAAAAACUGAUUAUGUGUCGUUAUGAUACGUUACAACGUGGUAAAAGAGUGCGAAGCUGGCUACUUAGCAAUGGAAAUGCUUAUCAUGUUAAUGCUUCCAGUUCCAACAGUUUAGACACUCCCUGCUAG